AGCAGCCCCUGAUCAUGUGACUCCUCCUCCUCCAUAUGACUGAUCACAUGACGGUGACAUCAUCGCAGGUCCUGUACACGGCUCCUCUACAGAUACAGGACGUGACGGUCUAUUUCUCCAUGGAGGAGUGGGAGUAUGUAGAAGGACACAAGGAUCAGUACAAGGAUCAGGUGAUGAUGGAGGAUCAGCAGCCCCUAACAUCACCAGUCAGAUCCAGUAAGAGAACAGCACCAGAGAGGUGUCCCUGUCCUGAUGAGCAGAAUAUGGAGGACAUUCCUACAGGGAAAAAUCUGAUCUAUAUUAAUGCUACAGACAUAAAGGAAGAAAAACAGACAGAUGUGAGCGGUGAUGAGCAGUAUAAGCAGGACAUUCCUACAGGGAAAGAUCUUAUCUAUAUUAAUACUACAGACAUAAAGGAAGAAGAAGAGACCGAUGUGAGCGGUGAUGAAAAGUAUAUGGAGGACAUUCCUACAGGGAAAGAUAUGAACUAUAUGAAUACUACAGACAUAAAGGAAGAGGAGGAGACAUAUGUGAGCGGUGAUGAGCAGUAUAUAGAGGAUAUUCCUACAGGAAAAGAGUUGAACAAUAUUAAUGCGACAGACAUAAAGGAAGAAGAAGAGACCGAUGUGAGCGGUGAUGAAAAGUAUAUGGAGGACAUUCCUACAGGGAAAGAUAUGAACUAUAUGAAUACUACAGACAUAAAGGAAGAGGAGGAGACAUAUGUGAGCGGUGAUGAGCAGUAUAUAGAGGAUAUUCCUACAGGAAAAGAGUUGAACAAUAUUAAUGCGACAGACAUAAAGGAAGAAGAAGAGACAGAUAUGAGCAGUGAUGAGCAGUAUGAGGAGGUCAUUCCUAUAGGAAAAUAUCUGAUUUAUACUCAGGCUACAGACCUAAAGAAAGAAGAAGAGACAGACGUGAGCGGUGAUGAGCAGUAUACGGAGGACAUUCCUGCAGGGAAAGAUCUGCUCUAUAGUAGUGCUACAGACAUAAAGGAAGAAGAGGAGGAGACAGAUGUGAGCAGUGAUAAGCAGUAUAAGGAGGAACUUCCUACAGGUAACCAUCCAGAUUCUUGUAGCAGGAGAUCAGAGGAGAAUCUUAUAUCUUCAGAUUAUAAAGCAGAUGAUGAUAUCACACAAGAUACAUAUGAAGAACAUUCCAUUAUCCCAGAUACACCCUCAGCCCUUCACAGCCAAGAUCUGUCAUCUCAUCCUUAUAUACAGGUCCCAACAUUCAUCCUUAUAUACAGUUCUCAUUCAUCACAGGAUGUUGGGCAAAAUAAAAGUGUUGAGCAUCAGAAAACUACCACAGAGAAGAAGCCAUUUCCAUGUUCAGAAUGUGGGAUAUGUUUUACUCUGGAAUCUAAUCUUGUUCAGCAUCAAAUAAUUCACACAGGAGGAGAGAUAUUACAAUGCCCAGAAUGCGGGAAAUGUUUAAUUCAAAAAUCAGAUGUUGUUCAGCAUCAGGGAAUUCACACAGAUGUUAAAUUCUUACAAUGCCCAGAAUGUGGGAAAUGUUUUACUCGGAAAUCCGAUGUUCUUGAACGUCUAAGAACUCACACAGGAGAGAAGCCAUUUUCAUGUUCAGAAUGUGAAAGAAGUUUUACUCGUGAAUCAAAUCUUAAACAACAUCAGAGAACUCACACACAGGAGAAAUUUUCAUGCUCAGAAUGUGGAAAAUCUUUUCCUUCCAACUUAGAACUUGUAACACAUCAAAGAACUCACACAGGAGAAAAGCCAUUUUCAUGUUCAGAAUGUGAAAAAAGUUUUCCUUGCGAAACAAAUCUUAAAAAACAUCAGAUAAUUCACACACUGGAGAAAUUUUCAUGCUCAGAAUGUGGAAAAUCUUUUACUACCAGCUUAAAACUUCUAACACAUCAAAGUACUCACACAGGAGAGAAGCCAUUUUCAUGUUCAGUAUGUGAAAGCAGUUUUACUCGCCAUUCAAAUCUUAAAAAACAUCAGAGAACUCACACACAGGAGAAAUUCGCCUGCUUGGAAUGUGGAAAAUCUUUUCCUUCCAAAUCAAAACUUGUAACACAUCAAAGAACUCACACAGGAGAGAGGCCAUUUUCAUGUUCAGAAUGUGGGAAAUGUUUUAUUAGCAAAUCACAUCUUGUUAUGCAUCAAAGAACUCACACAGGGGAGAAGCCAUUUUCAUGUUCAGAAUGUGGGAAAUGUUUUACUCAGAAAUCAAGUCUUGUUCAUCAUCAACGAGAUCACACAGGAGAGAAACCAUAUUCAUGCUCAGAAUGUGGGAAAUGUUAUCUUAAAAAAUCACAUUUUGUUCGACAUCAAAGAACUCACACAGGAGAGAAGCCAUUUUCAUGUUCAGAAUGUGGGAAAUGUUUUUUUCAGAAACCACAUCUUGUUCGACAUCAAAGAUCUCACACAGGGGAGAAGCCAUUUUCAUGUUCAGAAUGUAGGAAAUGUUUUUUUCAGAUACCAGAUCUUGUUACACAUCAAAGAACUCACACAGGAGAGAAGCCAUUUUCAUGUUCAGAAUGUGGGAAAUGUUUUAUUGGCAAAUCAAAUCUUGUUAAACAUCAAAGAACUCACACAGGGGAGAAGCUCUUUUCGUGUGCAGAGUGUGGGAAAUGUUUUAUUCAGCAUUCAAAUUUUGUUCGGCAUCAAAGAACUCACACAGGGGAGAAGCCCUUUUCAUGUGCAGAGUGUGGAAAAUGUUUUACUCAGCAAUCAAAUUUUGUUAAACAUCAAAGAACUCACACAGGGGAGAAGCCAUUUUCAUGUUCAGAAUGUGGGAAAAGUUUUACUCAGAAACCACAUCUUGUUAAACAUCAAAGAAUUCACACAGGGGAAAAGCCAUUUUCAUGUUCAGAAUGUGGAAAAUGUUUUUCUGACCAAUCAAGUUUUGUUCAACACGAACAAACUCACUCAGGGGAGAAGCCAUUUUCAUGUGUAGAAUGUGAGAAAUGUUUUACUCAGGAAACAAAUCUUGUUAAACAUCUAAGAACUCACACAGGGGAAAAAACAUUUUCAUGUUCUGAAUGUGGAAAAUAUUUUCCUAGGAAAUCAAAUCUUGUUCAGCAUCAAAGAACUCACACAGGGGAGAAGCCAUUUUCAUGUUCAGAGUGUGGGAAAUAUUUUAGUAACCAAUCAUAUGUUGUUAAACACCAAAGAACUCACACAGGAGAGAAGCCAUUUUCAUGUUCAGAAUGUGGGAAAUGUUUUACUGAGCAAUCAAGUCUUGUUCUUCAUGAACGAAUUCACACAGGAGAGAAGCCAUUUUCAUGUGUAGAAUGUGAGAAAUCUUUUACUCAGAAAAUACAUCUUGUUCAGCAUCAAAGAACUCACACAGGGGAGAAGCCAUUUUCAUGUCCAGAGUGUGAGAAAUGUUUUAGUAACCAAUCAUCUCUUGUUAAACACCAAAGAACUCACACAGGGGAGAAGCCAUUUUCAUGUCCAGAGUGUGAGAAAUGUUUUAGUAACCAAUCAUCUCUUGUUAAACACCAAAGAACUCACACAGGGGAGAAGCCAUUUUCAUGUCCAGAGUGUGAGAAAUGUUUUAGUAGCCAAUCAUAUGUUGUUAAACACCAAAUAACUCACACAGGGGAAAAGCCAUUUUCAUGUUCAGAAUGUGGGAAAUGUUUUACUCAGCAAUCAAAUCUUGUUCAGCAUCAAAGAACUCACACAGGGAAGAAGCCAUUUUCAUGUUCAGAAUGUGGGAAAUGUUUUAGUUACCAAUCAUCUCUUGUUAAACACCAAAGAACUCACACAGGAGAGAAGCCAUUUUCUUGUUCAGAAUGUGGGAAAUGUUUUAUUGGCAAAUCAAAUCUUGUUAAACAUCAAAGAACUCACACAUGGGAGAAUCGCUUUUCAUGUGCAGAGUGUGGGAAAUGUUUUACUCAGCAAUCAAAUUUUGUUCGGCAUCAAAGAACUCACACAGGAGAGAAGCCAUUUUCAUGUUCAGAAUGUGGGAAAUGUUUUACUCAGAAAUCAAGUCUUGUUCAGCAUCAAAGAACUCACACAGGGGAGAAGCCAUAUUCAUGCUCAUAAUUUAGGAAAUGUUUUACUCAGAAAUCAACACUUAUUAGACAUCUAAGAAUUCACACAGGAGAGAAGCCAAUUCAGAGCAAUAAAUGAUGCAGAUAACACAUCUAUAUAUUCACCAUGUACAUAGGAUAUCUGACAUUUAUACAUAUAUCAUAUACUGCAUCUCCAAACUUGUUCCCAAUUGUUAAUAAAAGUUUUCUUUUAGAACGUAGUCACCGAUCCAGCGAUGUCAUCACUAUAGUUUACAUGGUAGGAAAAGAGUGUGAUAUAUGGUUGUGAUAUUCACUGCUCCUCAUGGAGAAGACCCAACAGGCAUAAUCCAUGGGGAGCUGCUACUGGAGACCCAAACACCUCAGAGAGAAGGGACUUAUUCCAGUGAUGAAGAAUUCCAGGACAUGACCAGAUUAGAGACACAAAAUCACUUCUAUCUUCUGGCUUCUAGGACAUUCUGAUCCUAUAGGUGUUAGAUUAGUGGGGUCUCCUACUCUACACAGGGUCCUUCCUUAGGUUAUAGAGGGAAGAACAAGUUGUAUUUGGCCGAAAUGCGGAGAAGAAUUAACCAGGUGGCUCUAUGGUUGGUUCCCAGAUCUCUGAGGGUAUGAAGCCUCCGACAUUUAUGACAUAGUAGCUGAGUAUACGGCGUUGUCCGGUUUUCCCUACUUAAUCCUUGUGG